AUGUCCCAACGUCUGUCCGGCAUUGCACGACCCGAUCUGCGCAUCCGACGGGAAUACGUAUUCCAACAGCUGCGAGAUGAAUCGGGCGAGCUGCAGAACGGGGCAGAGGUUGAGGGUCGGUGCGAGAAGGGUUGCACCCUUGAAUACCGUCCGGUCUGCGGCUCUGACUUCCAAACGUACCCGAACAUCUGCGCCUUCCAGGUGGCACAAUGCAAGAACCCCAGGCUCAGACUCCGCCAUCAUGGCAAAUGCUGAUUCCUCGGCUCAUCUGUCCUCUUUCUUUUCUUUCGCGGCUGACCGUAACAAAACCUUGGUAAUGAAGUGCAUAUGUCAUCGUG